GCUCCCGCCGAUAGGUUCGUCGGCUCCCUCCAUCCGCCGUGUCCUGCUGCCGCACCUCCCUGCUCCAGGCGCACAGGGUCGACAACUUCACCAGUGCCCCAGGCUCAGGCCGGUUCCUGCGUGGGAGGCGACGUGUCACGGCGGCGGCACCUGCUCGUGGCAGGGCGGAAGCACCCAGGAGAUGGAGGAACCUCCACGAUUCUUCAGCGAUAUUUUUGCAGAGAACCACGCCGAUCUGUCAUGGGUUCUCGACGGGUAAUAUUCUUGCCAUUUUCCCCUAGAGUUAAGGUAAUUGUAGGCUUGAUUUUGCAAAGGAAAUCAUACCCUAGUUCGUCCUGUUCAUAUUUGUGCCCCCUGUAUGUGUAGGAUGGAUCCUAAUUCGUCCUACAGGCUUGCUGUUCGAGUAGGCGCUUAUGUCAAAUUAACUGAUGAUGAUGGUCGUGAAUAUUGUAAGGCAUGCAACAUUCAAAAGAUUUUAGACAGGGAUAGCACAAACUGGAAUGAUUUGCUUCUUGAAAUUGCUACAGAAAUUAAGUUAGGCUCAAAACAAAAGUUGCGUGUCACCUAUUGGGAUAAUAUUAGUCGUAGCUAUGAAGAGAUUGCUUCUGACCAAAAAUUGCUUCAUGCAAUUGACAUGUAUUGGGAUAUAAGGAGGCUUUCAGUGCAAGUGCGUGUUAUAGGGAAAGACGAUAAGGAUCACAUACGUGAUAUUGGCCGGCUGGAGAGCAUGCCUUGUGUUUUGCAGGGAAGUAGUGAUGCCCCAGCCAACCAAACUAUUGCACAACCUUCACUUGAAACUGACUCAAAGCACAGGGAAAGUUGAGAAGAACUGCAUGGCAACAAAUCAUUGGGUCAAGGAUCGAGUUCUAGAUUGGCUUGCAAAGGACAAUAAGAUUGGAGCUAAAGAAUUAAAGAAAAGGCUAGAGGAGCAGUAUCAUCUGAAAUUGUCAUACUGGGUAGUUUGGGAUGGAAGAAAGAAGGCUUUGGAGCAACUCAAAGGGAAGUAGGAUGAUAGUUUUGAGUGUAUUUUCAGUUUCAAGACAGAGGUGGAGAAGACCAAUCCAGGCAGUUUGGUAGACAUUGAAUAUGAGAAAGUUGGGAAGAAAUUGAGGUUUAUUAGAAUGUUUGUUGCGCUAAAGUCAUGUGUGGAUGGAUUUUUAAAUGGUUGCAGGCCUUUCCUUGGUGUGGACUCUACUCAUUUGACUGGGAAAUGGAAGGGUCAACUUGCAUCUGCUACUGCUAUUGAUGGGAACAAUUGGAUGUUUCCAGUGUGUCAUGGUGUGUUUGGAUCAGAGACAACUGACAAUUGGGAAUGGUUUUUUAGUAGGCUUCAUCAAGCAAUUGGAUCACCUCCAGGCCUAGUGAUCUCAACUGAUGCAGGCAAAGGAAUUGAUUCAGCUGUUACUAAAGUGUUCAAAAAUGGGGUUGAGCAUAGAGAGUGCAUGAGACACUUAGUUGCAAACUUCCAAAAGCGAUUUCGAGGUGAAGUCUUUGAGAAGCACUUGUGGCCAGCAUGUAGAGCUUAUCAAAAACACAGGUUUGAAGAGCACUACAAUCUAAUGUAUGAAGCAUGUCCUGAAGCCAUGAAGUGGAUACAUAAUACUCAUAAGCACCUGUGGACACGACACUUGUUCUCUGAAGCAAGCAAGUGUGACUAUGUCACAAAUAACAUAGCUGAAACAUUCAACAGCUGGGUUAGACAUGAGAAAUCCCUUCAUGUAGUUGAUCUUAUGGAUAGGAUAAGACAGAUGGAAAUGGAAAAAAUGUUCUUGAGAAGAAAAAAUGCAAAAAAGCUUGAAGGAAAGAUCCUACCUAAUGUCAUGAAGGAACUCAAUACAAGAAGCAGGGGGCUCAGAUAUGUGUGGAGGUAUUCACACAAAGAUGGUGGUACUGGUACUGAAAUUUUAGGUGAAGUUGAAGGUGUUACAAGGGAUCUAGUUCAUUGGAGGCAUACUGUUGAUCUUAAAGAGAGGACAUGCACAUGUAGGCGCUGGCAAGUUACUGGUCUUCCAUGUACACACGCCCUAUGUAUUAUCACCUCACUUCGGGGUCAUAAUAUAGAAGACUAUGUUCAUGAGUACUAUUCUGUGGCAAAGUUCAAGAAAGCCUAUGAAAAGUCUGUAAAACCAAUGACAGAUAGGAAUCAAUGGCCUAAGAUGGACCCUGGAUUCAAAUUGUGGCCCCCAAUUUUGAAAAGGGCAGCCGGUAGACCAAGGGAGAGAAGGUACAAUCAGUUGCAGAAGGUGGCACUGGAAAGAGAUCCACAAGAUGCAAAAGGUGCAAACAGCUUGGCCACAUGGAAAAAACAUGCAAUGAAUAUGUUUAUGAAUCUGAUGCACCACCACCUGCCCCUCCAAAGCCAAAAAGAAAGAGAGCCAAGAAAAAUGUCACAGUGGUGCCAUCUAGUAGUGCUACUAAUCCAAUACAAGAACAGCCUUCACUCGAUGAACCAUUUGCUACGCCAACAAGAACUAUCACUUCUGUUUCUACACCAAGCCCUAUGACAAGAAGUAUGUCAAGGAGGUUGCUGCAACAAAAUCCAUCUACACCAACCAGAGCUAUCACUCCUGUGCAAACACCUAGCCCUAUGACAAGGAGGUUGCUGGAAUUUGAAGCCUCCAUAGAGCCUGUUACCUGUGCAGCACUAUCUCCUGUAGGCUUCUUGGAGAAGGGAAAGGCAAAGAAGUUGAAGGUUGUCAGGUCUAAGAAAGAGUAGAGAGUGUCAGAUCAGUACCAUGUAUAGUUUUGGUAGCAUCAAGAUGCCAGAUGUGGCUUGAAUCUGUGAUUUCCUUUUGUUGAACCUGUUGAAGGACAGGGGUAUAUAUGUCUUUUAUAAAUGUAUUGAUACCUGUUUGAUGAGAAUAUAUUAUAAUAUGUGUUAUAGUGUCCAGCACCAAAUUGCCAUAGAGUAAUAAUGUGUUCUGUCAAAGACAUGUUUCUUUAGUGUGUUGUGGCAAAGGCCACCUUUUUUCAGUGUCCAGCACCCAAUUUCGCCUUAGGUAGAUGUCAGAGAAUAGACUGGAGGUGAUGAUGCUGAAGAGCUGACUGGCGGUGUCGGACACUCUACAGUGGAGAAGUUAACUGAACGUAAGAAGAUAGCUAACGAUGUUGUGAAGCCGAGAAGGAGU